AUGGCGACCCGGCGCAUAAUCUCGCCGCGCUCGUCGCUUGGCUUACCCUUCCGAGCUAUAAUAUCGCGGUCGUACUCCUCGAGCAGCGCCGCGCACCAUACGGUUCCGCUAGCCUUCGAUCACCAUGUACCCCCGAAAGGUGGCCACGAUCAUAAAGAUUCGCCCAUCAUAUUUAUGCAUGGCUUGUUUGGUUCAAAGAAGAAUAAUAGGAGCGUGAGCAAAGUCCUCGCUCGCGAUCUUAAGCGUCACGUCUACACAGUGGACCUGCGCAACCACGGCGAAACCCCCCACGCGCCGCGCCACGAUUACCUCGCCAUGGCCGACGACGUCGCGGGUUUCAUUAGCGAUCAUAACCUGCGGGAUCCAACCCUAAUCGGGCAUUCCAUGGGCGCCAAAACCGCCAUGGCACUAAGUCUCAAAGAGCCCUCCCUAAUCCGAGAUAUCGUCUCGGUAGACAACGCACCGGUUGAUGCCAUCCUCGCUACCUCCUUCGCGCGCUACAUCCAGGGGAUGCGGCGGAUCGAAGAAGCCGGCGUAACGCGACAAGCCGAAGCGGACAAGAUCUUACAGGAAUAUGAGCCCGACCUGGCGAUCCGACAGUUUCUGCUGGGGAACCUGUCCCGCCCGCCUGCGGAAGACGGUACUGCGUCUCCGACGCUAAAGUUCCGCGUGCCGCUUGAUGUUCUGGCCCGCUCGCUGGGACAUCUGGGGGAUUUCCCAUUUAAAGACCCGAGCGAGAGGCGCUUUGAGAAGCCGGCGCUGUUUGUGCGUGGCUCGCGUAGUACGUAUGUGCCUGAUGAGGUUGUCCCGCUUAUCGGUCAGUUUUUCCCGCGGUUUACGAUGGUUGAUAUCGACGCCGGUCACUGGGUCAUUUCCGAGAAGCCGGAGGAGUUUCUUCGAGCGGUCAUAGAGUUUCUCUCGCCGAAGGAAUGAACGAGUGAGCAAGCGAAUGAGGAUGAGAACGAGCUUUGCAUAUAUUAUAUCUGCUUGUAUAACGUGUAUCAUUGCAUCAGGGGGAUAUCAUAAAGAGAGAAAGAGGGAGAGAACUAUGUACAUAGCCGCAGCAUCCAGCCUAGGCGUUCAUGGGCGUGCGUGAAAAUAGACAAUUUCUGGAUUU